AUGAUACCCCUCAUCCUCCUAACACUGCCACACCUCACCUGCAGCAUGAUUUGCCCCAGCAGCUGCUGGUGCAAUUUUAAAGGUGCUGUCGUGUGUGUUGGUCACAUCAUCACCGACAUACCGAAGGACAUGCCUGUUCACACAUACCUGCUGCAGCUCAAUGACACAAAUAUGAAUGUCAUAAAUGAGCGGAGCCUGGAAAACCUGGACCUACUGUUGCGCUUUAGUCUAACUCACAGCCAUCUACACACCAUCCAUCCCCAGGCCUUCCACAUUGCUCCACAGCUCAUGUCUGUCAAGCUGUCGUCCAACGAUCUCUCUACUCUUCCUGCUCAAGUUUUCAGUCCACUGACCACUAUCGAGCAGCUCCAUUUAGAUGGGAACCAGUUGGAGACCAUUGCUAAAGAUAUGUUUGACGGAUUUGUGGGGUUGUUGGAUCUGGACCUGAGCCGCAACAAACUGACUAGUCUUGCUUCAGAUGUUUUCGAUGGACUGACCAACCUCACCUUUCUGAACCUUGGCAGGAACUCCAUAAAAAAGUUUCCUCCUACCAUCUUUCACUCCUUGACUAAACUUCGCCAGCUGAUGAUCUAUAACAACGAGCUAGAGGAGUUAGAAGAUGGGAUCUUUGACGGACUUGUCAACCUUGAGGAGCUAAAAAUCCACCAUAACCAGAUUGCCAGUCUUCCACCUCAGGUGUUCUGGUCACUGAGGAACCUGAAUAUCCUAACUCUAUCCUCCAAUCAACUUCAGGCUAUCCCAGACAAGAGCUUCUACAACAUGCCAAAGUUGAACAAGCUUACCCUUUACAACAACCCCCUAUUGUCUCUGCCGGAACAGCUGAUGGGCCACAUGCCAGACAUGAGAGAAUUUUAUCUGUAUGCCACUAACCUCACCACUGUUCCUGGAAAUUUGUUUGCUAAUAUGUCAGGGCUGCAGAUGCUUAACUUCCAUUUAAAUGACAAGCUGAGGGAGUUGCCAUCAGACCUCUUCUGCUGCCUUCCCAACCUCAAGAAACUCUCCCUGAAAUCCAAUGACCUCCAGCACCUCCACCCACAUCUCUUCUCCAGACUAACCACACUGGCCAUAUUGUUUCUCAAUGACAAUAAGCUUCAGAGCCUACCAAACAACAUAUUUCAGGGCCUUAGAGGGCUUUUGUCAAUGGAUUUGAAGAAAAACAAUCUCAAGACUCUUCCAGGAGAUGUUUUCUUGUUAAAUACAGCUUUGACGAGUCUUACUCUGAGUUACAACCCUUGGGACUGCACUUGUAGUAUCAGAGGUAUUGCAAGAUGGAUAAGACUUAAUGAGCAUGUGGUUCUUGACAAAGAAUAUGUGAAGUGCUAUAGUCCGAUGCACCAAUUAGAUCGCACCCUUGGCUCUCUGCGUGAUGAGGAGUUCAACUUUUGUGAUGUUACAACAGUCACUACAAGUUACUUUCCAACACAAACUAACACACACAAGCAAACAUCAACAACAACAUCACCCACUCCAAGAGCAACCCAACCAAUCACCACCACCCGCAGAACCACUCCACCUACAACACAGGCCAGGACCCUAACAACAUCCCUCCACACUCUAACCACUGCCCAACUUGAUGAAGAGUUUCUUUCCACUACUGAGAUUCCCGCACCUUAUUACAUGUCACCUCCUUUCUAUGACAAAUUGGUGGUUGAACAGGGGCCUGAGUUUAUUCACCACAACCAUAACAAGGGCUGGGUGUAUGUGUGGUUUCUGCCCUCAGAUACGACUUUGACUGCAUUCCUCCUGUUUUGUCACAUCCUUCUUGUGGUCACGGGCUUGCUGCUCAUUCUUACUGCCAUUUAUGGUAUGUAUCGCCUCAGCGAGACCAUGGAAGAGAUCAAGGCUGAGCGUGCACAAAUUUAA